AUGGGAAAAUUACUUACAAAACCGGAUGUAAAUAAAACUAAGAAACCACUUAAUACGAACAAAACUGAUAUGGGUGGAGAAAAUUUCCAUUAUGUUGAAGGCAGAAGGUUUCAUAAUGUGCAAAC